AUGGACCCAGUUAUUACUUCGUUAAAGAUUUUAAUUCAAGGAAGGACUAGCGGAGAAUUUGAUAUUGAAUGUAAUGCCGUUUGGAAUUUAGCUUUAACUCAAGCAUCCUGUCAGUUAGAAUAUGAUUGGAAUGUUUUACGCAAUCAAGAUUUACGUAACCAUGAUGUUUUAUCAAUUGGAAAACUAAGAGAACUAUUGUACAUACUAAAUGAUUUAAUCACUUAUUUACAAUCUUUGGAAAAUUUUCUGACGAAUGACUUUCUUUUAAUCACUAAAUCUAUUGGUGGUUUAUUCAAACUCUUUCAUGAAUAUGGAUAUUUUAGUGUAUGUUCAAAUUUUGGUUAUGAUUUAAACAAACUAACUGAACAAUUAUUGAGACUAUGGGAGUGUAUUCAAUGUUUCAAGGCCACACUAUCCACCGAUAGAGGUGAUUCUAUUAUGGCGUUUCAAGAGAUUCUAAAUAUUAUUAGCCAAUUAUUUGGUUUUAUACUCUUAGGCAACUUACAAUCUAUUCAUGAUUGUGUUCUCCGAAGAAUUGGUCAAUCCCUGGUAAAUGAAAUCACCAGUCGAAAUGUUAAAGCAAAUAGAAAUAUUAUUGAAUCCUAUCAAAUCUAUUUAACUUUAUCUCAUUUAGUAUUCUUGUACCCUCUUCAUGAUCAUUUAGUUAUUCAAAAGGUUAUUAAGUGUGCAGAUAAUAUUUUUAGUCAAGAUAUUUUGAAGUCGUUUCAAGAUACCUUCUUAAGUGCUUUGAAAUACAUCAAACAACCAAUAAUGAUGACAAACGAUAGUACGGAAGCACAGUUAUAUCGUCUAACAGUUCGGGCAUUAUUAAACGGUUUAUCGCAGUUAAUGCUACGUCGUCUUCAGAAAUCUAGACCAACUGAUACCUUGGAUCAUGUACAGACACUUUGGUCUCAUGUUAUUCUCUUGAGUCGCCCAAACAAUAAUAACAGUUAUUUAAAACAGUUAGAUCAAAUGUCGAAUAAAUCAACUUAUUAUGGACUGCGUACUUCAGUGGUUGUUUCUGACACGGAUUCCAGACAGUCGACAUCAUCUCCGUAUGAUUCAUCUUUCUCUUCAUCCUCUGACUGUGAAAUAUUUUCUCCAAGUCAAACGAUUAGUAGCAAUGAAACAAGCUACACACCUACAACUGAUACUGAUCUUGUCAACACUGAUGCAAUGCGAGUAAAGCCGCCGACUACUCCUGAUAAUCCCCUGAAUUCAUCGUUGGUAACAACUCAGAAUAUUGCAGAAUGUCUACUGCAUGGUAGUAGUAGCGGUAGUCGUCGUCUUCGUCAGUAUCCCUUCGUUACAUCCUCAACUACACUACCACCACUGCUGGUCACAAAAUCGACGGGUCAGUUUCAAAGGAGUAAUAAGCAUACUUCAAAGAAGCCUUCCUUGGUAACAUCUGGAAAACAGUCAUCAUCUCAUUUCAGUCAGUAUAGACGCCAGAAUAAAUAUUGUGCGUUAGUUGUAUUUUGCCUUAAACAUAUUCUGGAGACGAGUCGAUCACAGGUUAUUAUCAAUUGUUGGCCAAUUCUUAUGAGUGGUGAUUGUUUUCAGACGAUCUCGAUAACACCGACAGUGUCAACACCAAAUACUGCUACUGCUGCUGUUUCAUACCAACAAACAGAAGAACAAUCUUUUAACGCAUAUACCCCACAUGGCAUUCUGACUCCUGAUCUACUGAACUUAUUCUAUAAAACUAAUGAUACAAGAAUUAGACAAAUGUUUCUUGAGAUACUCACAUACCUUUUAUCACAUAUGAAUAAACGCUUUGCUAUCGCUGAAGAUCUCAGCCCUCAUUCUGCUUCAUUUGUACCAUAUUCUGUAAAAUUGGCAAUGGAAUUACGUCAGCUACAUCGUCGUCUACUCUUAGCUAUAUCUGUGGAAAAGUCCUUUACAAUUCAGACUUCACUACUUAAAGCAUUGAAUGCUCUUGUACUGGUUACACCAUAUCAACGUCUUCAACCUGGUCUAUUAACAACAUUAUUGCCAGUUAUCAGUCAUUUCCUACAACCGGUCAAGUUGAGUACCAGUAAAAGCUUCGAUUCAAGAGCUGGAUGCUUAUGUUUACUAGGUAACAUUUUGGGGAAAGUUCACGGACCGUUGAUUGAACUGAUACAAGAACUUGGAAGGAAAAGAAGUAAAGAAAAAUGUUUUCAAAUGUUAUCGCCUACAUUCAAUAUGUCAAAGGAUAAUAGUGUUGUCGUAUGUGAUAAUUCAGUGAAAUCUGCAAAUUCCAAGUCAAGUUUAUCUCCAACGCAUAAUUUAAGUGUUUAUUCUAAUGUAAAUGAUACAUUUACACCAUGCUGGCUUGUUCAGGUUUGCUUGCGUCUUAUCCAUCCAGAUGUUUCAACCACUGCAUGGGAUUCAACAUUAAAUGAAACGCAUCAAUCAUCAACUGACAAUAUUGUCAAGUCUUCAGAAUAUGAAAACUGCCAUCCUGUACAUGUUCGUACCCAAGCCUUACUUACACUACGUCAAUUCAUACCCAAUUAUGCAUGUUUUUUCCAACCGAGUUUACCACUUAUAAAAAAAACAUUGAUUCUAUGUUUACAGGAGAAGUCAGAAACUAGUUUAUUAAGGAUGUGUAGUUUAAAGUUUCUAUCAGCUAUGUUACCAUAUUUGAACAGUAAUUGUUGUUAUGACCGUAAUCCUUUAAGUUUAAAGGAAGAAGUUAACGCAAAUACAUCAAUAACAAUAUCAGACAUGAGUAUCAAUUCACUUGAUAAACAAAUGACAAAUAUACAUUUAACAGAAGGAGAAGAAAAUCAAAUCAACACUGUUGACAGUACAUUCUUAACUAAAACAACAACAACAUCAAGAACACCUUGUUCUCCUAAACACAACCAUCACCAUCAACAACAACAUCAUCUUUAUAAUAGUUUUAAACUAUAUGUAGAUGAAACACUCAUCAUUUCAUGGUGGCAUACAUUUUUACCAUUCAUACUGCAUAUACUUAAGAACAGUGAAGAAAGUACUGAUAGGUCGUGGUGUUGUCGAAUAUUAACAUUUAUUGAUGACAGGCUGUUUCAGUCCUUCACAAACUCCAAAAACAAAUCUACGUGGCUGGAUGUGAAUAAAAUAAGCGAAUCUCUCUGGCUUGCCUUGGAGGUGCAUGAUGAAGGGUUGAAUUCCUCAGCUUUACAUGCAAUGGGAACACAUGUUUUACAUAGACCAUUUCGAUGUAAUCUUAGCUUCAUUCUCCGACUACUUCGAAAAUCUCAAGAGUUGUGGUCCACUUGCCGAUCAGAUAUAAUCGGGCUAGAAUCCGCGCGGUAUGACGGAAGAAGGUUCCCGAAUGUAAGCAGUCAGGGUGAUGUUUCCAGCUUUCUGACGAAUAAAAACUCUUUUGAUUGGAAGAAAUUGAUUCGAACAUGCUGUGAGUUAUGUUCUAUACCAGAUAACGCAAGCAAAUUUGACCUUGCACCUAAACGGUUCGAGAGUGAAAAACCCAAAAAUACAACAUCAAGACCAGGGUUGGUUAUCACUGAAGACGACGCUAAUCAUGUUGAUGGUAGUGAUAGUUACUUACUGGAAAGCGUUAUUAAAAAUCCGAACGAUUGCCGUUGUGAAAACGGAGCAAAAGCACUGGGUUAUAUGUUGAGAAUUCUAACUCCUGGCAUGCUGAAGAGGCAAGAGACAGUUAAUGAACUGGUGAAAACUCUUUGCCAAGCCCUGAUAGUCAACAAAAUUAAUGGAGCGGCUAAAAUUCGAUGGAAUGCAAAUUUUUCAGCCGGUCACUUAUUUCAUAACAAAAUCCUUUGGACUAGCCUAAUUGAGAAGCAUAUGACAGCCACUGUUCAAAAAGAAGUUGGACAACUAGUAGGUGAAUCCUCCCUCCUGCCCACAUUUCCCCAGCUAGAUCCAAUAACUUCUUCUGAAACCGUUCGACAGUUUGUUCAGAUCGUGAAAUAUUUAUGCAACACAAUGCGAAAUGAUAAAUACUUUAAGGCUCGUGUGUAUGCAGCCAGAUCAUUGUAUGCCAUUUUCGAACGCUCGCCAUUCGAUCAUCCCAAUAGUGUAAUCAAUCUCUUUACAAAGACAGUUACAGAAGAACAAUCAACCAGUAAUUCUCACUUUACGAUGGACAACCUUCCAGUGACAUGGAUACUGCAAGCUUCAAUUCAUAUUUUAACGAAUACACAGUCCUCCUUACAUGAAGCUCACAAACAUUCAGCUGACCUCGACAAAGGGAUAUCAACGAGAUACUCAAAUUCUUCAUGCAUAGCCAUAAUGCGCUUGACAGAAAACCAUUACCGUAAUCAGUCAGUAAUCUUCUCAACUAUUCUACUAUUUCAGUCUUUAUACUACUUACUGUUGCUACUAAGAGACGCAUCAGUUCCCAAUCCAGAUAAUCGACGGUUCAAUGCUCAAACUUUAAUUAACCAAAUGGAAGAUUUUUUAGACAAAACUGAUCUAAAUAAUCAGCUUUUGAAUGAACAAAUCAAUAAUUUAGUAGAGUUAAGUUUACAACCAACGGACGAGUAUCUAAGAUGCACUGAGGCAAUGUUUCCUGGUCCACUAUCAACAGAGGACAUGAAUAAAACGUGUAUAAAUGGUGAUCCUCAGUCAAACAAUAUUGGUGAACUCGUCCAACAAGUUUUCAACCUGUUUAAUGAGUGCGCAAGCACGCAUUCAGUAAAAAUGGAGUCUUUCGAAAUGUUUUUACUCAGAUGCUUGCCAGCUACUCAUUAUUCUACAGAUAUACCGCAACUGAAGGUCUUAAAUGACGAAAAUGAUGUGAAAAUUAGGAAAUCAGAUGCAGAAAUUUCAGGGUUUCGACAAAUUUAUGAUUGA